CGCAGUUGCAGUUGUGACACAGAAAAAGAAAUCACCAUGAAGGUUCUCAUUGUCCUCCUUUUGGGUCUGACUUUUGUCCUGGCCGACCAUGAUCACGGUCACCAUCACGGUCACGAAUCCUAUGUGGUUAAGACCCACGACGACCUUGUGACCUAUCGCUCGUACUGUGCCGAGAAGGUUCACGCCAGCGAGGAGCUGGUGGAGAAGUACAAGAAGUGGCAGUAUCCCGAUGACGCGGUGACCCACUGCUACCUGGAGUGUGUCUUCCAGAAGUUCGGCUUCUACGAUCCGGAGCACGGUUUCGAUGUCCACAAGAUCCAUGUCCAGCUGGCCGGAGCUGGUGGCAAGGUAAGCCACUCGGAUGAGAUGCACCAGAAGAUCGCCAACUGUGCCGAUAGUCACUCCAAGGAGGGCGACUCCUGCUCGAAGGCCUACCACGCCGGCAUGUGCUUCAUGAACGCCAAUCUGCAGCUGGUCCAGCACAGUGUCCAGGUCUAGAGGGACAGUUAUUCCUGCCAUCCCAGACCCAUCUGAUCGCUUGCUUGCAGUUCAAGUCGUAAAUAAAAACGAAUUAAAAAACUAAA